GCCUGUGCUGGUCCGCUGCAUUAAAGGCGGACAGAGGACCAUGGGGGAAACUUUUCAUACUGACAUGUCCGCGCAAUGACUGCAGAGAAACGUCAGACUGGGACGAGGCUCCCGGCGUGAGGAGGACAGGACAGGGCCCUUCGAGGCGAGAACCGAGGAGCUGUUGCCAUCUGCCGGGGCUGCGGGAGCGAAGAGGCGGCGAAGCAAGCAGCUGAGACCAGUCCCAAGAACCAGCGGUGGAAAAAGAUCCGGUUUGGCCCAUCUGAGUUGAAAGAUGAGCUUGUUGUCUGCCAUAGACACGAGUGCCUCCGUGUACCAGCCCGCGCAGCUCCUCAACUGGGUCUACCUCUCCCUGCAAGACCCCCACCAGACCAGCGCCUUCGACGCCUUCCGACCCGAGCCCAACUCUUCCCACCCGGAUCUCAACUUCAGCAAGACCCCCGGUGCGGCGGAGCUGAGCUCGUCCCUCAACUCCAACUAUCUCAACAACUUCUUUCAGCUGCAGCGGAACGAGGCCUUAAACAACAACGUGUACAAGAACGUGUCGCCCUAUGGCUCCCUGAACAACAUAGUGGACGGACUCAACUCCCUGACGGACCAUUUCUCAGACCUCUCCCUUUCCUCGGAGCCACGGAAACCCAACAAAAGACCCCCACCCAACUACUUGUGCCACCUGUGCUUCAACAAGGGCCAUUACAUCAAAGACUGUCCUCAGGCCAGACCCAAAGGUGAAGGGCUGACACCGUACCAGGGGAAGAAGAGAUGCUUUGGAGAGUACAAGUGCCCCAAGUGUAAGAGGAAGUGGAUGAGCGGCAACUCCUGGGCCAACAUGGGACAAGAAUGUAUCAAAUGCCACAUCAACGUGUAUCCCCACAAACAGCGCCCCCUGGAGAAGCCGGACGGCCUGGACGUCUCUGACCAGAGUAAGGAGCACCCACAACACCUGUGCGAGAAAUGCAAAGUCCUGGGCUACUACUGCCGCCGUGUGCAAUAAUCGUCAAACUCAGAAAGUCAGAGAGCAACGUUUGUGUCCCAAGUGCUGACGUUCAUCCUCCAUCAAGGCUGUUAACUUCCUCCCUUCCCAUCUCACACCCAGGUUCCCCCUCGUCCAUGUUCUGCACACAACAUGGCGUCCUCUCCUCCUCACGUCUUCCCCUCUGUGUUUUCGAUUGCUCUAAUCCUCCCUCCUCUUUGAUGCCUUCCUUCACCACGGCAAAUGAAUCUGUCCCUCAAACAUGGAAACACAGAUUUUAGCCUUUAUGCCUUUUUCAGUAUUGAAGGAACGAGGGGAUCACAUAGACCGAAGAUGAAUCUUUUCAAGUGCUCUUCGUCGAAAGCAAAAACCUGCCAAAACCAGUGACUUUUCGUCUCGUGUAUUAGAAACCACACCACCCCACUCAUUCACCUUCACGUUUAACAUCACCGAAUCAAUGUAUUGGUGUCACUGACAGUAUUGGUCUCAAUAGAUUACCUCACCUUGGGGUUUGUUGGCUUUGUGUUUACAGAGAUCCGCCUUUCAUUUUCCCUGCCAAGUGAAGAGUGUGCUAAUGUGAUGAACAUUUAACCGGGGCCUCUCCCGAUGGUUCAAUGUACAGGGGGCCCUUCGAUGUCUUGCCGUAUUAGGGUCAACAGCACAUCUUAUUAACUGUGAAUUAACUGAGGGAUAAUGUGCCAUAAAUCCCUAGCUUACAUUUGGCCUAUUUAUUUUUUUUGUUUUCUAGUGUGCAAUUUGAAUUUUAACUGGGACAUAAGAAAUGUUUUUUUGUAUGUUUGUAUAUCACAUUAUUGUGUAACUGCUUCCAUGUGUCUUUAGAAACUACUGUAGGUUCAGUUGCGUAGAGUCGUCCGCAUUUAGUGUGUUGCUAACAGAUGAGGUUUCACUCGUGCUCCCCUGGAGUAUUUUUGUUGCCUAACAAAUUCUUCAGUAUCUAUAGUGUUAGCUAUAAGUCUCAUCUAUAGGUACAGAUAUGUUUUCAAAUUAGCACAAUUGACCUAAGAAACAAUAAUCUUGCCAGUGCUGAAUAUUCAGUUUUUUCUGCCAGUUCCCUAGUAAAAUGUCCAGAGAAUGUCCGAGUGAGCCCAUGUGAGAACCCAGCAGGAUAUUGUCCGGAGAACUUAGUGCGAGCGAGUGUGAAGUUUCUAACAAGUGACAGACACAAAACUGAAAAAAAAGAAUACAUCUAUCUCAGGAUGAUAAAGAGGUGCCAAAUACGUAGAAGACGCUGAAGAAGAUGUCAACGUGGAAAGUGAUUUGAGCGCUUUUGGCGAUAAGGGCGAAAACAGCUAGGAUCUACCCGUCGUUAUUUAGUUAGCAUUAUGAAAGAGGACUUUAGAGGUUACACUGUUCACAUGUAAUGUCGGAUUAGACACAAAUGAGUAAAAUACAAAGGAGAUUCAAGACAUUUAAGAUCCCACUUAGUUUUAAUUGAUGCCUGGCAACAUUAGUGGAGACUGUGAAGCGAAAUGGAAACUUUUCCGAGGGCUUGCUCCCUUCAGAACUUUGUCCAGCAGCCGACUGCGGUGUGAAGCGCGUCCAGACGGAGGUGAGGCCUCUGAGAACUGCAACGAUUUUCAGGUUGUUUGAGAGAAACAAUAAGAUUUAAUGUAGAAAGGGCUGAGUUGUAACGUGGUGAUGCUGGAGAUUCAAGGAUAUAUUGAAAGUGGUGAUGAAUUGAGUUUACACUUACAUUCAUUUUUGUGGGGCCUACAAUCGUAAACCAAUGUCUUUAAAGAAAGAGAAGCACACAUCCUGUUUACGUAGAUCACUGUGCAGACCUGAAGCACAAAUUAGGGUUUUGGCUUUCAGAAUCCUGCCUUUCAAAAGAACCCCGUUACAGGAAUUGUGAACUAUUUUAUACGUACUGUAUUUCUGGCCUUACGAAAGCUGGUUGACUGUAUUUUAUACUGUACCAUACUGUGUGUGCCUUAAAAAAGAUUGAAAUCAUUCUGAAGUAUCAAGACCAGGAGGCCGUUUGAGAUGAGUAAGAGACGUGGGGGGAUAUAGGCUCAGAGAUGGAGCAGUGUGCAGUAUGUGCAUGUGGUAGCUGUGAAGCAUCAGAAGUUUAAUGCAGGUUCAAGAUGUGACAAAGGACGAGAAAGGGACAGAGUUCCUCGAUUAGCAGUUUGAACUGGCAUCGGCAGGGUUUAGCUGAGUCGGAGGAGGCACAGGCUGAACCAGCCUGUUUCCAGCUGGCAACAAUAAUCCUCCUGUGGUCCGUUGUCAUGGAAUAUCAACAGAGAUGUUAUUCCUCAGUCCAUCAUCACAACAGAAUGGAGUCACACACCAAACUGUGGACCUCGCUCUUUGUUUAGUUUUUUCUGUCUAUUGUAGUUGUGUUUAUCUGAGGAACUAUGGGUUUUGUAGAGAAAUAGAUGGUCAUUGCCUUAGAGGGAGAGUUUGCAGUGGCUGUCAAUGGUACCUUACAGGAAAUGAUCGGUUUAGAUUUCAUCACUUAAAUUAAAGGGGCACUCCAGUGAUUUAGUACUGAACUUCCACAAAGUUAGAAGACAAACAAAAAACAGUGAAUCAGUGCAGAAGAGUCAUAUCCUUACUUUCUGUCCUUGGUAUGACUCAAGCUCCUAAAAACAGUUGGAUCCUACAUUUCCCAUAAUGCAACUUUCCAUAAUAGCGUCUUUCCCUGCCAGGUAAAUGCCCACAACUUUAAAACUCCACAACUUCUCCAUGUGUCUCCAAGCCCAAGCAGAGAUAACCCUGAUGACAUCACUAUGACAAUGAUGACAUCACUAUGACACCAUCUGGGUUGAGAGCCACAUGGAUCCUACAUUUCCCAUAAUACACCUCAACUGCAUCUUUCCCUGUCAGGUAAAUACCCAGACCUUUAAAUCUCCACAUCACCAUUUCACAACACAGGCGUAUUGUUAAAGAUGUGUCUCUCCAUGCUGUAAGCAGAGAUAACAACAUCUAGGUUGAAAGCCACGUAGAUCCUACAUUUCCCAUAAUGCAACUCAACUGCAUAUUUCCCUGCCAGGCAAAUGCCCACACCCUUAAAACAGCUUGUGUUCAGGUUUUUGAUAAAAAUGUGUCCAUCUACCAUACAGGUUGAGAGCCACAUAGUUCCUACAUUUCCUAUUAUGCAAUUUAAUUUCCCACGUGGGUCAUUUUCUCAGACUUGACAAAGACAUUAAACAGCUGUUUUCAUUGCGACAUGCAAACUGAACGUCAUUAGCAAAAUUGGUGGAGUGCCCCUUUAAAAGCAGCUAGCAGCAUUUUAUCACCUGUUUAAGACGUAAAGUGAACGAAGAGGCUCCUUCAGACCCGUCACUGCUGGGAACAAUCCACGUUUCUUACUGUUAGCAUCGUCUUUCUUUUAGCUUUUUUGUGACGAGACUAACCCAACAGGUCUUUUUACGUCUGAACCCUGUCGUCCACAUCGUACCACGUGGCUGUAAAGAGAAGAAUAUAUAUAAAUAUAUAUACCAAUGAUGCCUUAUGAACUAACCUCAUAAACAAGUAACAAUGUUAUCGUAGUUCAGUGUUGUGGUUGAAUAGAAAUGAGAAAUAGGUGAGAGGAAGAGUUUGACUCCGCCCAGACGUGUGAUGAGGCGUCCAUUUUAAAUGGCAAACCAAGAGGCGAUGGAAGCAGCUAGAAGAAUCGCUGCUUUCAGACGUUCGGAGUGUCUUGAAUUACAUAUACUUGACUUUUCUAGUACCUUUUCAGUUCAAAUUUUUUUUUUUUUUUUCUAUAAACGAGAUGUGUAUUUUGGAAAAAACACUUAAUAGAUGUUGAAAAUUUUAAAGCAAUCUGCAAAAAAACUCGAGAGUUAUUUCCCUGACAAAGAUAAGACUGUUGUAUGUAUAUAUUUGAUGGCCAUCGUCUUUAAGGAUCUUUUUGAAGUGUUAUGCAAUAUUCUUGUGUGAAGAAGGGCCUAUUGCUGAGAAAUAAAGCUGGGAGUCUGUUUGUGUUUCUUUAUGUUUUACGAGAAUCUGAGGGGCUUAUCCUGCAGAAAUAUUUAUGGAAAAGAUUUUUUACAACACUUUUUGUAUAGAAUAUGCAACAAAGUUACACUAAGAAGGAAAUAUUGAUGUCUACAUAGAAUAUUAUUAAAAAAAAGCUGGUACAUAAUUAAUACCCUUUCUCAGUUAUUGUAAGCCAUUGUACUUUUGUGUUUUAUGAUGUUAUCAGUGUCGAAUAACCCACAAUGUUAUUCAGUCGCUAUGUGUAACUAACUAUGAGCUGCCAUUUACACCCAGUCGCAUGUAUUCAUUUUGUAAACAGUAACGACAAUAUUAUGAAGAUAUAUUGUGUUAACAUGCAGAAAUUUUUUGUUUGUUUGUUUCUUAAGUAGCGACGGACACUCACCACUGUAUACGCACGUUAAACUGUGAGAUGUAGUUUGCUUAAAGCAGCAAUGAAGAGAAACUAUUAUAAAAUGUUACGGUGUUAUUAGUAGUACAGGAAGUGUCGAGGAAAGCGUGCGAGACAAAGAACUGUUUUAGAGUUUGCAUGUGCAUGUGUUUGGAAUUUGAAUGAAAAUAUCAUUUUGUGCAAUGUAUACUUAUUUAAAUACUUUUACGGUAGUUUGCUUUAGUACAUAUUGUUUUUAACAGCAACUCCUGAUUGUUAUUAGUCGUAAAAAAAAUUGAAUGGUUCAUUUACAUUCGCUAGCGUAGCCUCGACAAAUAACACAUAUUUACUGAAUGUAAUGUGUUAACACUUAUGUGGUCGAUUUGGAAAGUGGUGUGUGUGUAUUCUUUACUGUCUGUUUGUAAUGCGAUAUUGCAAUACUGUAAUAUUUGAAUUGGACAGAAUGCAGCCGUGAGGUUGGGAAGACAAUGACUUUUUCGGGAAACAAGGGCAGUCAUGGUUUCGAGAGUAGACCGCGGGUCUGUUUUUCAUGUCCAUGAAAUGGCAUUCCAAAAUGUGCCUUAUUUGUUAGUCGGGAAAAAAAACGUUUUAGUGCUGUAGAGCUGUCGAGAGUUUGAUGAAUAAAAAUCAUAUUGAAUUAAGAGCA